GUUUCAUAACGGCGCAGUUAUUUUCGUCACGUGGCUUUUUGAACGUGACAUGUGACGACAUGACGUUAACACCCGGAAGAGGAAGCAUUUCUACCAAGACGAUAACAUUGAAGAUGGAGACUCGGUUCACCAAAGGGAAGUCCGCUAUUCUUGAGCGACCACUUACUCGGCCCAAAACAGAAGUGAGCGUCAGCGCGUUCGCUCUGCUGUUCUCCGAGAUGGUGCAGUAUUGUCAGAGUAGAGUCUACUCCGUGUCCGAACUCCAGGCUCGGCUGGCAGAGAUGGGCCAGGGCGUAGGGGUCAGCCUGCUGGACGUCCUGGUUCUGAGGGAGAAGAACGGAAAGAGGGAAACCAAAGUCUUGAACAUACUUCUUUUCAUCAAGGUAUCCGUGUGGAAGUCCCUUUUCGGCAAAGAGGCUGACAAGCUGGAGCAAGCAAACGACGACGACAAGACCUACUACAUCAUAGAGAAGGAGCCCCUGGUCAACCUGUACAUCUCAGUACCCAAGGAUAACAGCAGCUUGAACUGCGCUGCAUUCACAGGCGGGGUAGUGGAGGCCAUCCUCACCCACAGUGGCUUCCCCGCCAAGGUCACCGUCCACUGGCACAAGGGCACCACCCUCAUGAUCAAGUUUGACGAGGCGGUGAUAGCCAGAGACAAGGCCCUGGAGGGCAGAUAGAGGUGUGUGAGUGAGAGGGAAGGAAGGGGAGGAGAGGUAUACAAGCGGCUGCUUUUAGCUCCAUCGAACUGUCCCGAGACUUUUAACUAAACAUUCUCAGAGGUUUUUAAACAAUGAGGUAGCAUUUUAGGGGUCUCUCUGGACGGUGCCAUAGGCCCAAAACCAGAGCAUCAGUGACGUGCCAGAUUAAAUAAAUGUAUGUACAACUUAUUUAAUGAUGGCUGCCACAAUGGUGACAGUGGCACGAAGGCUAACAUGUAAACUCCACUAGGGUUAACAGGGCAUACUGUCGUGUGAACAACAUGGUUCGUUUUUAGAAACGUAACAAAAUGGAUCCAAAUUGUAUGUGAAGGUUAUUUCGUUACAGCACACUCUUAAGAUAGUGUUCAUGGUGUUUUUGUUUUCUGUUAAAGUUCAAAGAAAUAUACUAAUAAACUAUUCUGAAAACAUU